GUAAUGAAAAACUGAGCCGCGUCCAGUCCAGCUGGAUGUUUCCCCGGCCGAGCUCGAGGUCCCGCGCGCCUCAGUCCCUGCUCAGCUUCACCCCGCGGGGGAUUCUGGGAGGGGACGUCGCGGCUCUCGGGUCGCUGGGCGGGUUUCCAGAGCCCGCGGCGCCGGGAGGACCUUGUUCUCCAAAAGAGAAGAUUGAAGAAGGAAGGAAGAAUGGCUGUUGGACUAUGUAAAGCCAUGUCCCAGGGUCUGGUGACCUUCAGAGAUGUGGCUCUAGAUUUUUCUCAAGAGGAAUGGGAAUGGCUGGACCAGUCUCAGAAGGAUUUAUACAGAGAUGUCAUGUUGGAGAACUACAGGAACUUGGUAUGGCUUGGACUCUCCAUUUCUAAGCCCAACAUGAUCUCCUUAUUGGAGCAAGGGAAGGAACCUUGGAUGGUGGAGAAAGAGAUGUCAGAUGGUCAGUGUGCUGACUGGGACUCUUGGUAUGAAAUCAAGGAAUUAUCUCCAAAAUGGUACAUUGAUGAAGAGGAAAUAUCCCAGGGGAUGGUAAUGGAAAGACUUACAAGUUAUGACCUGGAAUAUUCCAGUUUCAGAGAAGCCUGGAAAUAUGAGGGUGAAUUUGAGCGGCAUCAACAAAAGCAGGAGAGGCAUUUCAGGCAAGUGACAGCACUUAAGGAAAUCUCUGCUGUGAAAAGAGACAAUAAAUAUAAUAAUUCUGAGAGACGUGUUCUCUUGAAAUCAGUACUUUCAACACAAGAGAGAGUUCCCACAGUAGAGCAAGUACAUAAAUUUGAUAUUUAUGAUAAAAUGUUUCCCCCAAAUUCCAUCUUAAUUGAACAUAAAAGAUUACCUGCUGAGAAGGAAUCUUUGAUAGAUAAUGAAUGUGAAGAAUUCAACCAGAACACAUACCUUAGUAAAGAUAUAGGAAUUCCUCCUGGGGAGAAACGUUAUGAAAGUAAUGAUUUUUCAAAUCUCUUAAGUUUCCACUCAUUACUUACUCAACAUCAAGCAACUCAUUUUGGAAAAUUACCGCAUGGAUUCAAUGACUGUGAUGAUGCCUUUAGCUGUUACUCAUUUUUUACUCAACCUCAGAGAAUUCACAGUGGAGAGAAACCAUUUGUAUGCAAUGACUGUGGAAAAGCCUUUAGCCAUGAUUUCUUUCUCAGUGAACAUCAAAGAACUCAUAUUGGAGAGAAACCAUAUGAAUGUAAAGAAUGUAACAAAGCUUUCAGACAGAGUGCACACCUUGCUCAACAUCAGAGAAUCCACACUGGAGAGAAACCUUUUGCAUGCAAUGAAUGUGGGAAGGCCUUUAGCCGUUAUGCCUUCCUUGUUGAACAUCAGAGAAUUCACACAGGAGAGAAACCAUAUGAAUGUAAGGAAUGUAACAAAGCCUUCAGACAGAGUGCACACCUCAAUCAGCAUCAGAGAAUUCACACUGGAGAGAAACCCUAUGAAUGUAAUCAAUGUGGAAAAGCCUUCAGCAGACGCAUCGCCCUUACUCUGCAUCAAAGGAUUCAUACAGGAGAGAAACCCUUUAAAUGUAAUGAAUGUGGGAAGACUUUUGGCUAUCGCUCACACCUUAAUCAACAUCAGAGAAUUCAUACAGGUGAAAAGCCUUAUGAAUGCAUCAAAUGUGGGAAGUUUUUUAGGACUGACUCACAACUUAAUCGACAUCAUAGAAUACAUAGUGGAGAGAGACCUUUUGAAUGCAGUAAAUGUGGGAAAGCCUUCAGUGAUGCUUUAGUUCUAAUUCAUCAUAAGAGAAGUCAUGCAGGAGAGAAACCCUAUGAAUGUAACAAAUGUGGGAAGGCCUUCAGUUGUGGCUCAUACCUUAAUCAACAUCAGAGAAUUCAUACUGGAGAGAAACCCUAUGAAUGUAAUGAAUGUGGGAAGGCUUUCCAUCAGAUCUUGUCCCUUAGGCUACACCAGAGAAUUCAUGCUGGAGACAAACCCUAUAACUGUAAUGAGUGUGGGAAUAAUUUUAGCUGUGCCUCAGCCCUUAGACGACAUCAGAAAAUUCAUAAUAGAGAAACUCUCUGAUUAUAACAAGUAUAUGAAAGAAAACAUUUAGUCACCACUCAGUCCUUAUUAAAUAAAUAUCAGUGAAUUCUUUGGUUAAUGAUUCUAUGAAUGUAGUAAAUAUGGGAAAGCCUUCAGUUUAUGAGCAUCCCCCUUAUUUGAAAUAGCCUGAAUAGUAGACAUCUAUUACUUUUGGAUCUGUUCUAUGCCCCAUUUGAAACUUACCUCACCCUCAGUGCAUAUCAUUCUGAUGAAACUAUUAGGGAGAGUAGUGGCUUGGUCAUAGGCUGGCCACAGUCUGGUUAAUAAGGGAGUGGCAGAUGGCCAUGUUUGGCCCACUAGAACCCUAGGGGGGUAUUGUUAUGGAUAGUAAGAAAAGAUCAUUUUUUUUCCUGGAAUUGCAAGUUUCACAGAUUUAAAGGAUUUUUCAUGGUUCAGAACUCACCAGUAGCUUUUUUGUCACCACAUGAGGAAAGCCUUCCCAAGAUCAGUCCAACACAGAGGAAAAUGGAGAUAAGAGACAAAUCUGAUGACAUUGUUUGACCUUCUGAAUUCAAUCAUGCCUGAAGUCUAUACCAUCUUUUACUUUUUAAUUUUUGUGAUCCAAUAAAUUUUCUUUUUUUGCUUAAUUUGAAUUGGAUUUUUGCCUCUUGGAAUUACAGUCCUGAUUCAUACACCCUAUGUUUGCUAUACACGUGAGAAAGCCUUAAUCUUUUAUGGCAUAAUUAUCCUGAGAAACCUUUUGCUAAAACAAGUAUAUGGAAGUUGAAUACACAGCCUUCAUAAAGCUGAGAGAAUUAUUACAUUUUAUUUGUUGAUAAAAAUUGAUUUGGUAUUUAUUAGACUUAUAAUAAGGAUGGAUUUUUAAAAAUUCACCUAGUAAAACUCCUUAACAGGCUUUCCCAUAAGGAAUUAAAAUCACUUGUGGUGGUGACUCACUAUAGGCCUUUAAAGAAAGAGUGGCAAGCUAAGAGAAUAACGGAUCUGUCACAUUAAUGAAUGGCUUCUCAUCUUAAAGGAAUUAUUUGAUUUUCUGUUUUCAGUAAGGGUUUAAAUAUACUGUGUAAUAGAAUAUAAUAGAAUUGUAAAUGAGGUCUUCUUUUGUGGGGAGAUUGUAAGCUUGGUUUAAGAAGUUUGUGGAUAACAGGGCGCCUGGGUGGCUCAGUCCUCAAGCAUCUGCCUUUGGCUCAGGUCAUGA